ACGGAAGUGUUGGUUAGCAGACGUACCUCUAACAGCUGGGUUCCGUCGUCGACUCAAGUGAGUAAGUUUGGUUCGGGAAACAAAAGUGUCCAGAGAGAUUAGAUUACGAAUUAUUGGAUCAUUAUAGAUGCAAUUGUAGAAGCUGGUAUUGCACCAUGAGUAUAUAACUAUUUCAGAGGCUAUUCAGGCCAAAAUUCUCCUCUCCAGCCUGAUAUGGCUUCCCACAAUGCUAAUGGAAAUGGUGGUUUGAAUGGUGAUUUCUCAAGAGGAGCUUACAGUGGCAGAUAUAGAAGUAGACCACAUCCAAGAGGAAACAACAGAAGGCCUGAAUUUCCUGAUAACAUCUCUACUUCAGUCAAUGGGCAGAUUUUCAAUGAAGGACAGCACUCUCAAGAAGCAGUUGCCAUUACAUCAGCUCAUGAUGGUUCUGUUCCUUCAAGUGCACCAAAGCCUAGAAGAGGAAGAGAUUUUUCGGGACCAUCCAGAAAUGUCUUCAGGGGACAAUCUCAAGGCAACCAUCAGUUUUCAGGAGAUAAUCAGCGACAAGGCUAUAGUUUAAGGAAUGAUUCAAAUUAUGUUCAAAACCAACCCUUGAACACGCAAAGUAGGAAUCAGUUCUCUCAAAAUGAUCGAUUACAACAGACACAAGUUGCAAAUCUGAGUGAGAUUCAGUCUGGAACUUCUCAAGAUUUAUUGAGAAUUGAUUUGUCACAAGUGUACAACAGAAGUACAGACAAUGUUAGAGAAUUUAAUCAACAGCAAAACACCUAUUCAGAAAGAGGAAUAUCAACCAGACCAAAACAAAACAGAGCACCCAAGAAGCAACCAUUCAGAAAUCCUCAGUACAAAAACCAUUCUGAGCAAAGUGAAAAUUCUGAAACAGUGGCCGAUUCUUAUGCCACUUCGUCGUUUGAGUCACCAUCCGUUUCUACUGCUACUUCUAAUCUGGAGCAUCAACCAUAUGAAAAUAUUCGAAAAGAGUACACUAGAUACAAAGGCCGUCCAACCUUUGAAGGGCAAUAUGAAGGCAGUAAUGGAAACAGAAAUUCCCAAGACAGAUAUCGACGGGAUGAAAGAAGUGGAGCUUACGGAUCUCAAGAAAAAUUUUAUAGAGAUGAAAGCAGUGGAAGUUAUGCUUCACGAGAUCGGUUCAAGUCAGAUGAGCCAGCUAGGGCUUCUACUUCAAGCAACAGAGAUCAAGUCGUUUUCAGUAAACCAACUCGAACUUAUGAUUCUCACAAUUGGCGAUCUGAAGGCUUUAAAAAAGGGCUUUCUGUUCAGAAACAGAAAGCCAGCGAGGUCAUGGCUGACACAGCCACUCAACGUGAACGUUUGACCACACAGCUGACUAGUGGCACUUAUGAAUGCAUGGUUUGCUGUGAGUCAGUCAAACCGGUCCAGCCAAUCUGGAAUUGCAGCCAGUGUUUCCAUGCUUUUCAUCUCGGAUGUGUGCGACGUUGGUCUCGUACAUCUCAAGACGAGAGUGGACAUUGGCGUUGCCCAGGAUGCCAAUCAGUCAGUACAUCUCUUCCAAGUUCAUACUUGUGUUACUGUUCAAAGAGAAAAGAUCCUGAAUGGAACAGACGUGAAACUCCUCAUUCGUGUGGCGAAGUCUGUGGCAAAGCGCUGGGAGAUGGUGUUAGCUGCACUCAUUCUUGCACUCUUUUAUGCCAUCCUGGGCCUUGUCCUGUUUGUACGGCGCAGACUCAACGUAAAUGUCCGUGUGGUAAAUCCUCGCAGUUGGUUAAAUGUGGCUCAGCAGAUGCAUUGCUAUGUGGGGAGCCAUGUGCCAAGCAGCUUUCCUGUAAGCUACAUACCUGUCAAGAAGCAUGUCAUAUUGGCCCUUGCGAUCCAUGUCAGCUUACUGUUCAACAAGUUUGCUUUUGCGGUCAGAGCACCAGGGAAUUGCCGUGCUCAAUCGAUCACCCGGAAGAAGAGAAGUUCUCCUGCGAACUAGUUUGCAAGAAAAAGCUGAGCUGCGGAAGACACGAAUGCCAACAAACGUGUCAUUCCGGCGACUGUGGAGCUUGCCAGCUUGAAGUAUCUACAAUCACUACUUGUCCAUGCGGCAAAGUUCAGUUGAAACAAAUUUACAAGACCAAGGGAGUUGCCGAACGCAAGAUUUGUACAGAUCCCAUUCCCGUUUGUGGAAAAGUGUGUGGCAAGGUCAUGUUUUGUGGCCCUUCUGAGAACCCGCAUACUUGCGCAGUCCCUUGUCAUGGAGGUCCUUGUCCGCCUUGUACACUGUCAACAGAUUUACGCUGCCGAUGUGGACGAAACGAGAAAAAAUUUCCUUGCAAGAAAUUAAGCGAAAUAGGAGAAGUAUUGUGUGAACGACGCUGCAACAAAAAGCGUCAAUGUGGACGGCAUAAGUGCACUCAAGUGUGCUGCAUUGAUAAGGAGCACAUUUGCCCCCUGGUUUGUGGCCGUACCCUCAGCUGUGGUCUCGAUCGAUGCGAAGCUUUAUGUCAUGCCGGUAACUGCAAUCGUUGCUACCGAGUUUCUUUCGACGAACUUAGGUGCCACUGUGGAACCCAGGUGAUGUAUCCACCUGUGCCUUGCGGAACACGCCCACCCGAUUGCAAUAAAACAUGUACAAGAGUACGUGCAUGUGGCCAUCCUCCAUCACAUAAUUGCCAUCCAGACGCUAAUGGGUGUCCGCCGUGUACUACAUUAUGCGAAAAAUUUUGUUAUGGGAAACACGAGAAAAGGAAAAAUAUCCCGUGCCAUUUGACCGAAGUAAGUUGUGGAAAAGCUUGUGGGCGUCCUAUGAAGUGCGGCAAACACACCUGUCCAGUCACUUGCCACCCUGGUCCAUGUCCUUCUACUUGCACGCAACCUUGUCCAGUUCAGAGAACCGACUGUGAUCAUUCUUGUGGUUUACCAUGUCACGAAGGAAUUUGCCCAGGAACAUCUUGUCGAGAGAAAGUCAAGGUUCAGUGUCAGUGUGGCCAACGUACUGCUACUGUUUCUUGUGAAGAAAACGAGCUUUCUUACAGGAAAAUGGCAACCGGACUGUUGGCCUCUAAAAUGGCACAGUUGCAAUCCGGCGAGUGUGUGGAUCUUAAAGAUUUAUUGGGCAAAAGUGCGGCUAAUAAGACCAAGAGUCUCGAAUGCAACGAAGAAUGUGCCCUUGUGGAUAGAAAUCGACGUCUGGCCCUUGCAUUGCAAAUCAAGAAUCCUAAUCCGAAGCCGGGGGCUCCUCCUUAUCCUGAUUUGCUUAAAGAAUGGGCCAAGAAAGACCCGCGCUUUGUCCAAAUGGUACAUGAUAAAUUGACCGAGCUUGUUCAAUUGGCAAAGCAAUCAAUUGGUAAAAUGAAAAGCCGUAGCCAUUCAUUUGACUCAAUGAAUCGAGACAAACGCCAAUUCAUUCACGAGUACUGCGUUUUCUUUGGAUGCGAAUCGAUGUCUUACGAUGAUGAGCCCAAGCGUAACGUCGUUGCUACAGCUUUUGGAGAAUUGUCUUUUUUGCCUGCUGUCAGCAUCUUGGAUGUUACUCGUCGUGAGUUGGGACAGCGGAAGAUGCCUGCACCACCAAGGGGGACAGGGCUAGUUGUUCUGACUUCAGGUCCGCAACAGCAGCAGCAGCAGCAACCAGUGCCUCAACAGUCGCAACAACCACCGAAUGCAUGGGGAAGUGUUGGAUCUGCUGCACCCUUUAGAACUCUGUCUGACGUCGUUAAAAGCACUCCAACACUCAAGAAUCCACCCGAAUCACCUGCUCCGGUCAAGUCUCAAGAUCCUAAGCCACCGAUGGUUGAUUACUUUGAUUUCACUUCAUAAGGAACUUACAUUUUUUAUAUUUUGAGUUCCCUAAAUUCACAGGUGUUUGGUAAAUUUUCUCUGAGAUUAUUCUAAUAAAAUGCUCCUUGGAGA